AUGACGACUUUCACGAGGAUCGAGGAAAAUGCCACCCCUUCUAUGAACGUGGAUAUAUCGAAGAGACUCUCAAAAAUUAACGACAAUAUAUAUGGAGGCUUUACCGAACACAUGGGACGAUGCAUCUACGGCGGAAUUUAUGAACCAGGAAAUCCCCUCUCCGAUGAGCAUGGCUAUAGGACCGACGUACUCUCUGCCUUGCGCGAACUCGAUAUCCCAGUAAUACGCUACCCAGGUGGAAAUUUCGUCGCCACAUACCACUGGCAAGAUGGCGUUGGGCCAAAAGAGAAUCGACCGUCAAGGCCUGAAUUGGCAUGGGGUGCCGUAGAGACAAACGAAUUCGGAACUGAUGAGUUUAUGCAUUGGCUCAGUGUAUUGAGCGAAGGGAAAGAGAAAAGGGUGGAGCCAUAUUUUGCAUUCAACUUCGGAACAGGGACCAUGGAAGAAGCUUUGGCUUGGGUAGAAUAUUGCAACGGAACAAAAGACACUUACUAUGCAAAUCUUCGCCGCAAGAAUGGACAUCCAGAGCCCUAUAACGUAAAGUACUGGGCUCUAGGGAACGAGAUGUGGGGACCAUGGCAGGUUGGCCAAAUGACAGCCAACGAAUACGCACAUAAAGCUACACAAUGGGCAAAAGCUUUGAAACUUCUGGAUCCGUCACUCUGCCUCAUUCUCUGUGGUCAAGAAGGUCUUUCUACCUGGGAUUGGACAGUACUCUCCCAAUGCAUAAAGUUCGUGGACAUGCACAGUAUCCACAUGUAUGUUGCUUCUCCCAAUCAUCCACAAAACGCACUUGCACCACUAGCAGCAGAGAGAGCCAUAGAAGCUACAGCUGCGAUGAUAGACGUAGCGAGGAUCGAGAAUCGCGUUAGUCCAAAAGUACCACAGACGACAAUUUGUUUCGAUGAGUGGAACAUGUGGGAUCCGAUCCGAGCUCCUGGUGAAGAAGGAGGCGAAGAAUCUUACACCUUAUCCGAUGCCCUGGGUGUGGCUGUUUGGUUGAAUGUAUUUGUACGACAAAGUCGUUGGGUAGGAAUGGCAAAUAUUGCGCAGACUGUCAAUGUCAUUUCUCCUUUGAUGACAACGAAAGAUGGCAUCAUGAAACAAACGACUUGGUGGCCGCUCUUGCUCUAUUCCAAAUACAUGAGAGGUUAUACGAUUGGUGUCCACGUCAGGGGAGGGGCAUAUGACGGAGAGACUUAUCCUCCUUGGCUUCAAGGUACGCUUGCUGAAGGGGCAAGCUGGCUGGACAUCUCUGCUUGUAUUAGCGAAUCUGGGACAGUCACUCUGGCAGUUGUAAAUGUCAGCGAGACGAAGGAUUUCGAGACAGAUAUGCAGGGCAUCGGAAGCGAUAUUGAGGUCUUCACCGUGACUGGUGAUAAUGUCAAGGUCGUGAAUACUGAGGGAAAUGAAAAGGUUGGUGUAAAAGAAAGUAAAUGGGACGGAAAAGGAAGGUUCACAUUUGGAAAACAUAGUCUGACUAUGAUGAGAUGGAAGACAGGCGAAAAUUUUACAGUAUUCAAGAGGGAAGAGAAAGCAGUUGACAUGAGAACGAUGGUGUCUACGGCUAAUGACUGGUCAUAA